CUCUCCAACUCAAACAAUAGCCACACAUACAGUUUAAUUGAAGGAUUUCUGAGAUGGAAUUUGCCAUAUCUGUAGUAACAAAUGAGCUCGUGACCCGAUUCAUCUGCUUCCCCACCAACAGGUAUUCAUGCCAUGCAUGCUCUGACGAGAAGCGUCUGCAGAGGCUGCAGCAACUGCUCCUGAGAGUUCACACCGUCGUCGAGGAGGCGGACGGGCGGUACAUCACCAACUCUGGGAUGCUGGUACAGCUCAAGAUGCUCACAGACGCCAUGUAUCGAGGAUACUGGGCGAUGGGCGCGUUCAACUACGGAUCCCUCAAGGAGACUCUUAUGGCGGAUGAGGAGGAGGAGGAGAUGAUCUUGAGCUUCCUCUUGCAAGACAGCCCUACUGCUGCCACGCCAGCCGUUCUUCCAAUCAUUAGCGGGCUUGUGGUGGGGAAGAAAACUUUGGUUGCGCAUGUAUGCAAGGAUGAGAGGGUAUGCUCACACUUCUCUUCAAUUAUGCGCUUGAAUGAAACCGAUUUUUAUACAAUAGCGGAUAGAGGAAGUGCCAUGUCAGGGACGGGGAGGAUAUUGAUAGUUAUUGAGAUUGAUUCAGAUGUGGAUGAAAAGGAUUGGACCACAUUUUAUUCUUAUGUGGCAAGCAUGGAUGGAAGAAGCAAAGUGAUAAUCUUAAGUAGGCUUAAAAAGAUGGAGAAAUUUUCUCAAUGUCCUGACAUAUGAGGAGUUCAGCUACCUCUUCAAGGCACUCGCAUUCGGAAGUGCAAACCUGGGGGAACACUCGCAGUUAGUACAAAUAGCAGACCCGCAUACUCAAUGUCCUGACAUAUGUGGCAAGCAUGUUGGUCGCACGGCCUGUGGUUUCUUUCUUUCUCAGGAAAGAUAUGUGGAGGAGCUUCUUGAUCAUGCUGCUAUGUCCAAUUGUAAGCCUGUCUCCACGCAUGUUGACACGAAACCCAAGGUCUCCUCUUCCGCUAGUGAGCUUGUGUCCGAUGCCACCUUCUACAGAAGUAUUGCUGGUGCUAUUCAAUACCUCACCUUGACACGUCCAGACAUCGCGUAUGCUGUCCAACAGAUUUGCUUACAUAUGCAUGCUCCGCAUGACACUCAUUGGUGACUGAUCAAGCGCUUACUUCGCUAUCUUCGCAGCACUACUUCUCACGAGCUUAGGAUCGCCGGCAGUUCCUCCAUUGCGAUUGCUGCUUAUUCGGAUGCUGACUAGGCUGGCUAUCCAGACACUCGCCGGUCUACUUCAGGAUAUUGCAUUUAUCUCGGCGACACUUUGGUGUCUUGGUCCUCCAAACGCCAACCUACUGUCUCUCGCUCGAGUGCUGAGGCCGAAUACCGUGCGGUGGCUAACACCGUGGCUGAAUGUUGCUGGCUUCGUCAACUUCUUGUCGAGCUCCAUUGUGUCAUUGACAAGGCUUCUGUGGUGUUCUGUGAUAAUAUAUCUGUGGUAUACCUCUCUGCUAACCCCGUUCAUCAUUGUUGGAUGAAGCAUAUUGAGUUGGACAUUCAUUUUGUACGCGAGAAGGUGGCUUUGGGACAGUUUCGUGUUGUUCACAUCCCAACGACUCAUCAACUUGCAGAUAUCAUGACUAAGGGGCUUCCUUUGUCUUCAUUCAAAGCUUUUCGAUCGAGUCUUGGCAUCUUCUAUGACGACGCUUCGACUGCGGGGGUGUAAGAAUAAGUUAGCAUGUAUUAGCACAUAUACGUGAUGUACUCUUUACCUUCCUAUCUCUAUCUCCACAUCUAUCAUUUCCUUUUAACUAGGAUUAGAUCUUGGAGUACAAGUAUAGGAUUGCUUUUGUACCUCUAUAUAUAUAUGCGUCCUAUGGGCUGCA